CGGCGGCGCGCACACGGAGCGGCUGUGGCUGCGCUGCGAGCGGGGAAAUGGCGGCCGCGGUGCUGGCGGCACCGGAGGGCGGCAACGCCGUGAUGCCGAUGGGCAGCGCCGCGACGUGUCCUCCUCAGACCGGCCCCGCGGGACCCGGCUCGUGGAGCCGAUCCUUGGACCGAGCUUUGGAAGAAGCGGCGGCCAGCGGCACGCUCAGCCUCAGCGGCAGGAAACUGCGCGACUACCCGAGGGCCAGCGCCGCCAACCACGACCUCAGCGACACCACCCGCGUCGAUUUGUCACGGAACAGACUGUCGGAGCUUCCAGCAGAAGCAUGUCACUUCGUUUCCCUCGAGAGCCUUAAUUUGUACCAGAACUGCAUUCGAUACAUCCCAGAGGCUGUUUUGAACUUACAGUCUUUAACGUUUCUAAAUAUCAGUCGAAACCAACUUUCAACGUUGCCAGUACACCUCUGUAGUCUACCACUAAAGGUUCUGAUAGCGAGUAAUAAUAAGCUGGUCUCCAUACCUGAAGAAAUUGGACAGCUCAGACAGCUGACAGAGCUCGAUGUGAGCUGUAAUGAAAUACAGACAAUACCUCCACAGAUCGGCAAUUUGGAAUCCUUACGGGACCUAAAUGUCAGAAGAAAUCAUUUGGUGCAUUUACCUGAAGAGCUCGCUGAGCUGCCUUUGAUUCGAUUAGAUUUCUCCUGCAAUAAAAUAACAACAAUCCCAGUUUGUUAUAGGAACCUCAGACAUCUGCAAACCAUCAUGUUAGAGAACAACCCUCUCCAGUCACCCCCUGCACAGAUAUGUAUAAAAGGAAAAAUUCACAUAUUUAAGUAUCUGAACAUAGAAGCGUGCAAGAUAGCUCCAGAUUUGCCUGAUUAUGAUAGAAGACCAAUGGGAUUUGGAUCUUGCCAUGAGGAACUUUAUUCCAGUCGUCCAUAUGGAGCACUUGAUUCUGGCUUCAAUAGCGUGGACAGUGGAGACAAAAGAUGGUCAGGGAAUGAACCAACAGAUGAGUUCUCAGACCUCCCUUUACGUGUGGCAGAAAUCACUAAAGAGCAGAGACUGCGAAGAGAAAAUCAGUACCAAGAAAACCGAGGGAGCACAGUUGUAACCAAUGGUGGAGUGGAACACGAUCUCGAUCAGAUCGACUAUAUUGAUAGCUGUGCCACAGAAGAGGAGGAGGAAGAAGUGAGGCAACCCAAGUGCGUGGACUCAGACAGCCUCAGCUCACAAUUCAUGGCGUAUAUUGACCAGCGGCGAAUCUCUAACGAGAACUCACCAGCCAAACCUGCAUCUACCAGAGAACUCCAGAAGGCUGAGGACACGAGACGGUAUUUACAACAAAGCAGGGACACUGAAUUAAGAAGACCUGAAACUCUAAAUUUGAUGCAGGACAGAGAGCAUCACCAAGUACUAAGGAGUUAUGUGGACAGAACAGAGAGACCCCCAGCUGAUUCACCUUACUUUCUCUCUCUAUCAAGUCACCAGAGUCAGGUGCCCAAUGCAGAUCCUGACUUGCACCGCAGGCACAUAGAGCGUACCCGUAGGGAGGCACAGCUGGCAGCACUGCAGUACGAGGAGGAAAGGAUGAGAACAAAGCAGAUCCAGAGAGAAGCUGUUCUUGACUUUGUUAAGCAAAAAGCAUCUUUAAGUCCUCAGAAGCAAAGUCCUCUGGAUAGCGAGUGUCCCUUUCCAUCCAGAAGGUCUCAGCAUACUGAUGAUAGUGCCUUGUUAGUGAAUGGCUUUGAGCCUCUCUUUGUGUUUGAGAUUGACAAUAACACCAAUACCAUUAAGAGAAGGCCAGGGACUCGCAAACAGUCCCUCUCAGGGUUGAAUCAAGACAGCUGUGCUACUGCCCUGCCUAACACCUCUGCCCUCAGUCCUGCCAAGAGCGAUGACAGAUCCACCAUCUCUCCUGGCUCACCCACCACUCAGACAGUCCACCUUUCCCCUCCGCAUCCUGGUCAUGCAGCCCUGCCUUCCUAUAGAAACCCUUCCCAGCGACCCGAGAGUUUCCUUUUCCGAGCAGCUGUCAGGGAUGAAGCAAACAAAGUGGUUGCUUCAUCGUCUUCCCGUGCCUUGUCUCCUGCUAAUGAUUCUGCAGACACCAGAGUUAGGCAGAGCUCCAGGCAGCGUGAGGAGGAGCUGGAGCUGAUAGAGCAGCUACGUAAGAAUAUUGAGUCACGGCUGAAAGUGUCCCUGCCCAGUGAUCUUGGAGCAGCUCUCACCGAUGGCGUUGUUCUGUGCCACCUGGCUAACCACGUCCGUCCUCGGUCUGUCCCGAGCAUCCACGUCCCCUCACCUGCUGUUCCUAAGCUUACAAUGGCGAAAUGCAGACGGAACGUGGAGAACUUCUUGGACGCCUGCAGGAGGAUCGGGGUGCCUCAGGACAAUCUUUGUUCCCCUUCUGACAUUCUUCAGCUAAACCUCAGCGUUAAAAGAACAGUUGAGACUCUUCUUUCCCUGGGGACAGAUUCAGAAGAAUCCAGUCUUGUCUCCCUUUCUGUUCAGCUCUGGGGCUUUGUGGUGUUUUACUGUACUCUGAUGCUAACGCUCUGUAUGGUCUAUCGCUGGGUCUUUUUCCUCUAGCUGAGGGACAGUGCUGCUGUUUCCUCCCUCCAUCGCUCCAGUUCUCUGUAAAGGAUUUUGGGUUUUGUCAAGACCGCGUGUACAAAGUGCUUUUUCUCACUGAUGGGAAAGAAGCAACAGAGGUGACACAGGCAAUGUGUAAACACAUUGGUGCAUCCACACAACCAUGUGAUGUAACUCACGCUCGUGUUUACUGUGUGAUGUUGAGCAGAUGUGAUGCUGGGGGAGGAGGUGCUGUGUGUGGGCUGGAGCAGGGGGCUGAGCUUUAGGGCCACGUAGGUGUGUGCUAUGGGCUGACUGCUGGCAAAGGAUCUAGCACUGGGAAAACUGCACUGUCAGUUUGUGCCUCAGUUUCCCUGUCUGUAUCAUAAGAACUGCUCCCAGGUUGGUCAAUUGCUUCGGGAUUUAUGUGAUGAAAGAAGCAUUAAACAACACAAUGUAUUUUGAACAUCAGUGGCCUUGAUUAGAUCUCACAGUCUUAGAGACGUGGUCUGAUCAGCUUUGUCCACAAGAUCCUGGGAUUGUUUUCCUCAGAUCCCAGCCCCAUAUCCCAGCUGCUGAGAGGACCUGACCUUCCUGUUGGUAGAGUCCCAUGUUUUAUGUGUCAGUCCAGGGUUUUAAAGUAGCUGUCCAUCAAUCCUGAGCUUCUUGAGCUUCAUAACUGAUCUAAGAGGAGAUGUGCAGAGAAACUGAACUCCCUGAAAGAAAACAUUUCUGGCACAGAAGGAAGAAUCCUUUGGGUUCUGUCAGAUGUCGUGGGGUUGCCACAGCAUUUUGCUGUGCCCCGGAUAACACUUAACAAAGAUUUCCUGUGUUGCCACUCAAUUGUGGAAGCCUCAAACCACACUUCUUCCUCUUCCUAUCUGCUUAUUUGCAGAAACCUUGCUAUCACACAGUUGUGAUACACGACCUGGCUGUGUGUUCAGCUCCCUCUUUACUGUUACACAGAUCUCAGGUAGUUCUCUACACAGCUUUAAGCUUUUCCCUCCUCUGGAGAAGCAUCCUGGUGCUUUAAUGUGUUUCUCAGGGACACCUCAGGAUUCGAGGGCAUUGCCCACACCACGUCUGCUCACAGUGUAGGUUGGUUCAGGGAGCUCUGCUCAGUGGUAGGUGCAGGUAAGUGCUGGUACCAGGCCUGUUCUGAAUGGGACUUCAGUACCUGUUUGUUACACAUGAAGGUGCAGUCGGUGUUUUGUAAGCCCUGUUUAAGUGCUGAUGGCAUUCCUGCAUUAACCUGACAGCAACUCUGAAGCACAAUUUAAGCUACACGGGAGUUUAGUUGCAAUUAUAGUCACUGCCAGUAAAAACGUCUUACGUGUACGUGGAGCUCACAAGCUCUUGUAACAUAAAGUGAGUAUUUAGCAAAGGAGCAAGUGGAGGAGCUGGUGCCCUCAUCCCAACCCACACUGUGACUGGCACAAAACAUUCUGCCCAAGCAAAACAUGAUUGAGGAAAGAGGGGACCUUUGGUGAAGGGGGGGGUCUGUUUCUAAAUAAGCUAUUUCUGCACUGUUUACUGGUGUGAACUAAAAUGAACUCUGUUCUGUGUUUCUUAUCUUCUUCUAAUGAACACUGUGAUAAAAGCUUCCAGGGCUCUUACACUAACCGUGCCUUCCCGUCCUUAAGUCCUGUUUGCUGCAGCUAUCUCUGUGGUGUGGAUACUUUCCAAAGCUUUUCUCCUUAUCUAUUUGCAUACCUAAGAGAAGGGGAAAAAAAAAAGAUAAUAAAUGCUGGUUCCAGUUUACAAGCAUUUCCUCAUAAAGCACAUUGCUUCAAACGAACUGUUCUGCUGGAGGAGAAAUGCAUUUCAGCUGCAUCAGCUGCCUUCACGCAGUGCUUUCAGCCUGGGUUGGUUCUGUCUGCUUGGAGCUCUAUGGGAGGAGCGUUGGCUGCUGUUAUUUAUGCUGAAGGAUUUCAUCAAUAUGGAGGGUCAGUAAAGCUGCAAAGAGUGGAGGGAUACAGGAUGCUGCAGAACUUGCUUGUGGGGAAAGAAUCUCUGUAGCUUUGUAGGAAGAGAACACAGCUGGGUUAUUUAUCUAGAGGUGCAGAGCACUGCUGGGUGUGUGUGUCCCUGUGGGCUGAGGAUAUGCCCCCCCCUGUGCCAAGGACUUGUGUAGGACGAGGCUUUUAACCCAUCUGAGGCUGAGAGUAGCACAAUUCCUAAUAAACACUUUGAAACCUUUCUGCACUUUGUGUAUUCCUCUUAUUCUUCAGAGUGGUUUGGGAGCUGCUCGAUGGGCCUCAUGGCAGCAGCGACUCAGACACAGCGCAGGAGGGAUAUUUGUCCUCAAAUAUGCCAUUAACAUUGCCUUGAACAGGAGAAAUGACAGGAGAAAUUGCCUUGAACAGGAGAAAUACGUUGAUGAUGAAAGCUAUUGCAAUUAGAAGCAAGUUGUCUUUUCUCCUUUCCAUAAAACAAAUGGUGCUUUCUGCUUUUUGGCCCCUCCCAAGGAGUUUAUGUAAUGACAAGGAUCACAUCAUCCAUAUGGACAGAAGGACUUUGGAUGGGCAGUGUGUCCUUAGGAGAACUGCUUUCAAGCAUGGCACUUCCCCUCA